AUGACCAACUGGGAAGAACUCUGGAAAGUCAAUAACAUCCGAUGGGAUCAGGGAGAUGUGACACCUGCCAUUACCCAGUUUCUGGCUGAAACUCCUACUCCUUUGGGGGAAUCUGUUAUUGUUCCUGGUUGUGGAAUGGGCUACGAUGUUCUUGCUUUUGCAAAAGCUGGCUACAAGUCAUCUCUUGGACUAGAUAUGGCACCCACGUCUACUGCGCAAGCUAAAGCCCAUGCCGCUAAAGAUGAUCAUCCACUUGUGGCGAAUGCCCAUUUCGAGACUGGCGACUUUUUCGAGAUCAAAAACCGACAGUUUGAUCUACUUUUUGAUUAUACGUUUGCAUGUGCGAUCGAGCCCUCACUGAGAGAUGCAUGGGCUGCUCAAGUCGCUGCAUUGAUCAAACCAGGUGGUUAUGCUUUGAUACUCAUGUUUCCACUUCGUGACAGCGAAGGCGGUCCACCAUACAAAUGGUCGGUAAUGGAGUACAGUAAGUACCUGGAACCCAACUUUGAGGUUGUUUACAUCAAAGAGUGUGGUGGCCAAGAGGAUCGCAAGGCAAUUCAGCGUAUCAGCUUGUGGAAGCGUAGAUCUACUACAUUCAACCUUUAGUUGGCAGGCUUACAGUUUCAUUUUGACAAUAAAAACAAUUGUUUUA